UUUUUUAUUAUUAUUAUUUUUCCCAUUUCAGUGAUAAAAAACAGGUACUCUCUUUUCAGCUAAACACAGAAAUAGAAUAAAAUAAAAUAAAAUAAUAAUAAAAAUGAAUCCUGAAUACGAUUAUUUAUUUAAGCUUUUGCUUAUUGGUGAUUCAGGUGUUGGAAAGUCAUGUCUUUUAUUACGUUUUGCAGAUGAUACCUAUACUGAAAGUUAUAUCUCCACUAUCGGCGUUGAUUUCAAAAUUAGAACCAUUGAACUUGAAGGAAAGACAGUAAAAUUGCAAAUUUGGGAUACAGCUGGACAAGAACGUUUCCGUACAAUUACUUCAUCUUAUUAUAGAGGUGCACAUGGUAUUAUUGUUGUUUAUGAUGUUACAGACCAAGAUAGUUUCAAUAAUGUUAAGCAAUGGUUACAAGAAAUUGAUCGUUAUGCUGCAGAAGGAGUUAAUAAGCUAUUAGUUGGUAAUAAAAGUGAUUUGGUCGAUAAGAAAGUUGUCGAAACUGACCAAGCAAAGGAAUUUGCUGACAGUCUUCAUAUUCCUCUUUUGGAGACAUCUGCUAAAGAUGCUACUAACGUUGAACAAGCUUUCUUAAUAAUGGCAAAGCAAAUUAAAGAUAGAAUGGGAUCCACUCUACAAGAACAACAAGCUAAAUCUACCGUCAAAGUUAGUCAAGGAGCUGCUGUUCAACCUCAACAAUCUGGCGGUUGCUGCUAAAUAAUAUAUGUCUUAUUUUUAUUUUAUUUUUUUUUGUUUUAUUUUUUCUAUCUUCUAUCUUCUUAUACGAUUAAACAAUAAUUUUUAUUUAAAAA